GCCCUUUCAAUGUAAAGGAACACGUGUGCAUAUUUGUUGCGGCUGGUGCGGGUGGUGGAUCUGCAUACGCUACGGAUAUUAUAGCUAUUCAAGAUCUUUUUUAUCAUACAAAAGUCAAUUUUUUAAAUGGAUUUAUGUUAUUGAUGAGCACGCAAAUCCUUGGAUAUGGACUCGCUGGAUUUCUUCGUAAAUUCUUGGUUCGUCCUACUAAUAUGAUAUGGCCUUCGAAUCUUGUCUAUGCAUCCAUGUACAACACGUUACAUGGUAAUGCUUCGGAAACACGUGACAAGAUUCGGUUUUUCGCUACUGCCUUUACUGCAAUGUUUGUUUGGCAAUUUGUCCCACAAUAUAUGUUUACUUGGUUGACCAGUAUAGCUCUCUUGUGUCUUAUCGCUCCGUAUAGCAAAAUUAUUAGACAAUUAGGAAGUGGGUAUCACGGUGCUGGUAUUCUUAAUUUCUCUUUGGAUUGGAAUUCUAUUGGACAGUUUGGUCCCCUAUACUCCCCAUG